UUAUGUGUCGUGACGUCACUUAACGGAUCUCAGUCAACUGUCAACACGGUUCUCUGGACUAAACCUGCUGCUGCUGCUGCUUUCUCACACCUUGAAGAACAUGUUAGAAACGACGACACAUCCCACAAUAUCCCGGAAUAAAACUGUGUGUGUGUAGACUUUCUGACUGGUUACAUCAGCUUUGAAAGGAGGGAUGCCGGUGGAGAGUGGGAGCAGUGCCGCCGCCCGCCAGGCCAAGCAGAAGAGGAAGUCCCACAGCCUGUCCAUCCGCAGGACCAACAGCACCGAGCAGGAGCGCUCCGGCCUGCAGAGAGACAUGCUGGAGGGACAGGACUCCAAACUGCCGCUGUCUCUGAGGAGCAAUCUGCUGGACCUGUUCAGUCAGAUCGAGAGGGAGUUUGAAAACCUCUACAUAGAAAACCUGGAAUUGCGCAGAGAAAUCGAAACGCUGAACGAUCGUUUGGCCGCGGAAGGACAGACUUUCGAAGGGGCGGAUUUAGCCAAAGGAGCACUGAAAACAAAAGCGAGUCAUAGCACAAGCCAGCUGUCACAAAAACUAAAGACGACCUACAAGGCUUCCACAAGCAAGCCGCGUUCAAACUCUUGCCAUGCCAGAGUAGGUGGAUCCCGCAACUUCAGCGUAACCAGUUGGGAGUUGUGGGGUGGAGACUCAUGGAUUGUGUCCAGUUUCAAAGCGACCACGUCCAGAGCGGUGUGCCAGCUGGUCAGGGAGUAUGUCGGCCACAGAGAUGGCAUCUGGGACCUGAGCGUAACCCGGACACAGCCUGUGGUGCUCGGGACUGCUUCUGCAGACCACUCUGCGAUGCUGUGGAGCAUUGAGACGGGAAAGUGCCUCCUCAAAUAUAUGGGCCAUCAAGGAUCAGUCAACUCCAUCAAGUUCCACCCCACUGAACAGAUGGCUCUAACAGCCUCUGGAGACCAGACAGCUCACAUCUGGAGAUACAUGGUGCAGCUGCCGACUCCACAGCCUGUUGCUGAUAUCAGUCAGCAGACACCCUGCGAAGACGACGUGGACUUUUCAGAUAAAGAUGAGGCCGACGGCGAGGUCGAGGGUCCAAACGACUGCCCUUCUAUCCGCAUGGCGACCACGACUCUGCGCAGCCAUCAGGGUGUGGUGAUCGCCGCCGAUUGGCUUGUGGGGGGCAAACAGGUCGUGACGGCGUCCUGGGACCGAGCGGCCAACCUAUACGACGUAGAGACCUCGGAGCUUGUCCACUCACUCACCGGCCAUGACCAGGAGCUGACCCACUGCUGCACACACCCCACCCAGCGUCUGGUGGUCACCUCAUCCAGAGACACCACCUUCAGACUGUGGGACUUCAGAGACCCGUCCAUCCACUCUGUCAACGUGUUCCAGGGACACACUGACACGGUGACGUCUGCUGUGUUCACGGUGGGCGACAACGUGGUGUCUGGGAGCGACGAUCGAACCGUCAAAGUGUGGGACCUGAAGAACAUGAGGUCGCCCAUAGCAACCAUCCGCACCGACUCCGCUGUCAACAGGAUCAGCGUGUCGGUGGGUCAGAAAAUCAUCGCUCUUCCUCACGACAAUCGGCAGGUCCGGCUGUUCGACAUGUCCGGGGUGCGACUGGCUCGACUCCCACGAAGCAACAGACAGGGUCACCGGCGGAUGGUGUGCUGCUCCGCCUGGUGUGAAGACAACACCUCCUGCAACCUGUUCACCUGUGGCUUUGACCGGCAGGCCAUCGGUUGGAACAUCAACAUCCCUGCGCUGCUGCAGGAGAAAUGACCUCCAUGUCACGGUGAAACUCCACCCAAAGUCUGUCUCUCUGGAGCACCAAACACUCGCAUCCUGCAGGCUUAAAAGGUGGCUUUAAAAAGUUUACAGAAUCUUUUUGUCACAUGUUGUAACCAACGUGAUCCGAGCAAUGACUCAAUGAAAGAUAAGAUUAUAGACUUUUAACAGCCGCCUUUUGAGUCUACUGGCCGUCAGUAUUUAGUCUGACCUCCCCCAGACUGUCUACUGCAUCUGUCAUGCUCUCUAAUUUACCGCCACCAAUAUACGCACAACACAUUUGUGUGGAAGCGAUUCCUCGCCAUCCAAAAGAGAAAAAACAACCUCUAUGCCGCUGAUGAGACAUAACACACACUGAGGAGUUAGAUAAGUGAGUAAUGUAAUCUGUUCCACUAACAGCAGAUUUAUGUUUGGACAAGAAAGGCAGUCUGAUGCUUUAAAGGAAAAAUCCACUAGUUUUAUAUCGUCAAUUUUGUUAGUUUUCAGGAGUUAAUCUGUGAUAACUUGCCAUUUACUUUCUGCUUUACUUAAAUCUCCUGAUUUCUAUGAUUGGUAAAUGUUAGUGCAGAACAAGAGAGAUGCCCUCACUCUUUGAUUUUGAGGAAUUGACGCUAAAAUCUUUUUUACCAUUAUUUUUUUGAGUCUCUCAAACAUUUUUGAGAUUUUCUGCUUCUGGAAAUAACUUGACAACACAAACAUUGUCUAAAUUGUGUUUGGCUGGUCGUCCAUUUCAGUUAGCUGAUUUUUUUUAACAGUGUUAAAAGUGGAUUUUUCUUCUUAAGUUUAAUUCCACAACAUUUUCUUCGCCACCUGAGAUUCAUAGUUUAACAUUUAAAAUACACUUUAAAACAGGCUAUCAUAAGAGUAGCUCUCUUCUUGUUUGUCACAGCUCAGUCCUGCUCAGAGGUCAGACCAUGGAUGUAUAAUAAGUCUUGCUUGUAGUCUUGCUUCCAGUGGCCACUCGCAGUAUUGCAGCAAAAAA